AUGGAGAAAUUAUCAGUAAUUAUUGUUCUUUGUUUUCUUGCUGGUUUAGCCGAAUGCAAGGGUGGAAGUGAUCAGGACCUGACAGUGAAUCAAACAACCGACCACUCAUGUGACCCAAACAUCUACAUGGUGCUGAAGGAACUGGGGGCUCUAGAAGAGCGACUGAAAGCCACUGUGAGAGCCCUCGAAGAAACAAACAGAAGGUUGGAGGCCAGUGAGAGGAAGGUGGCUGCACUUAACACACUGACUGAGCUCAGGACAGUGUAUGAAGGGCAACGUCAGGUGGCAUUUUCUGCUGCCUUAGGAAUAGAUACCACCAUUGGUCCAGCAAAUUUUCUGUAUCCUUUGGUCUACAAACACGUUCUGUCCAACAUUGGAGGACAUUACAGUCCAGUAACAGGGUAUUUUACAGCACCAGUUAAAGGAGUCUAUUAUUUCACCUUUUCUUCUUUCUGGUGGGGAGCAAAGACUGGGACCAGUGGUGGCAGUCUGCACCACAAUGGAAACAGGAUUGUGUCGUGGUAUGGUCACAGUCAAGCUCAUCCCAUCAGCGGCUCAAACAGCGCUAUCCUACUGCUACAAGUUGGAGACAAGAUCAAUGUUCGCCUUUGGGAAAAUCGACAGCUCAGUGAUAAUGUGAAUAAAUACUGCACAUUCAGUGGAUUUUUGCUUUUUCCACUGUGAAGCUUGUGUGAAAAGAGGCAGAUCAGACUUUUAAUAGUGGCUUAAAGGAGACAAAAUGUGGUGUAACAUUUUCUGCAGAUUUUAUUUUCCAUUUUGUCAAAUUCA